GGAAAUUUCAAGAGUUUGGUGCGCAAUUCAUGUCUCUGAGACAUUCUCUUCCAAUUCUACCUCCCGAUCUCAUAACGGAAAUCCUUUCAUGGCUUCCGGUGAAAAUUCUGGUGAGAUUGAGAUGCGUUUGCAAACAGUGGAAAUCGCUCAUCUUUGAUCCAACAUUCGCUAAACUUCACCUUGAAAGAUCACCCAAACACACACACACCCUACUUACCUUACUCCAUAAUGGAACCGGAACUCGGUUCCCCACUCUUGAUCACUCAGUGCAUCGUCCCCUCGAACACCCUUUCUCCACUGUCAGCGAAGACGAGGGUCUCCGUGUUACAAACCACGAAAGUUAUCAUGCAAUAGGCUCCGCCAAUGGUUUGGUCUGUUUGAUCGAUACAAAAUAUCAAGAUGAAUACAUAGAAGAAAUUUGUAGUCUUUUCUGGAACCCUACUUUACGAUUGAGAUCUGAAAACUCACCAACUUUGUAUGACAUGUCUUCUAAUUACUUAGUGCAUCUUGGAUUUGGCUAUGAUGAUUCAGGAGACAAAUACAAGGUGGUGGUUGUGUUUUGUGAUCAUACAGUGGGGAAAUGGGAGGGGAGAGUUCAUUGCAUGGGCGAUAGUUGCUGGAGAAACACUCUCGCUUGCCCUGAUUUUCCAACUUUACUAGGAGGAACUCUGACCGGACCAUUUGUUAAUGGUAGUGUUAAUUGGUUAGCACUUAACAACUUAAAUUGUCAUUGGUAUAAAUGGAAAGAAGUUACCAUCAAAGUGUUAGUGAUUUUUUCUCUUGAUCUGCGGAAAGAGACGGGUAAGUAUAUUUUGCUGCCUGACGGUAUCGGUGAACUACCCGAAGAUGAACCCGAGCUUGCUGUUUUAAGGGGUUCCCUGUGCCUUUCUUAUGACCUCAUGAAAACCCAUUUUGUUUUGUGGGAAAUGAGAGAGUUUGGAGUUCAAGAGUCUUGGACUCGGUUGGUGAUUGUUAGUUAUGUGCAUCUUCAAUUUGAUGAUUUUGUGCCUGAGUGGCCGCUGUUGCCGGUGUGUCUGUCAGAAAAUAGAGAUGUCCUGGUGCUGGCCUGCCCACAAGCUGGGUCUGAAGUUAUUAUGUAUCAUCCCAGAGAUGGUAGAGUUGAACAUAUUGUACUUCCUAACAACCAAGUUUGGUAUGCCUAUGAACAUAUGAAGAGCUUGGUUUUGCCUCAUCCUCAUCCACACUAAGCUCCUAUGCAGCAAACUGUUAGAUUUUUCAUAGCUACUGAUGCUUCCUUAAUUGUGUUUUCCUUAUUUUGUUGGGUGAUUCCAUUGAUACUUAUUGGAUCAAAGUGUUUGGAUUGGAUGGAGAUAUUUUAACUUUCUAUUUAUUACUAUUAUGAGU